AUGAUAGUUGAAGUUAGAUUAAAGCCAGGUUCUACUAUUUUGUAUGAUACUGCUCGACAAUCUAUUGGAAAUUAUAUAAUUGAUAAUUUUGCUUGUUUAGAAACUCAUGCUACUAUUCCAGGUUGGGCAGAUAUAAAAUUUUUAGAAGAUGAAGUAGAUCAUGUAUAUUGUGCAGAAUCAGCCCAUCCAUCAAGAUUAGUACCAUUACAAGAAGUCAAAUUACAUAUUCAUAUUUAUGAGAUUCCAUUAGAAGGCGAAGAUAAGGUUUCGAUCAUGUCAGCUAAUCCCACUGAAAUCUCAUCAUCUGAUUUCCAAAACCCAUCAUCAAAUUUAGAUGAUGAAUCACAUGAUGGUAUUCAGGAUGGAGAUGUGGCUGCUUCUAAACUUGAAUUACCUGCUCAUCGAUUAGAAGGUAUUUGGGAAAGUUUGAUUUAUGAAGAUGGAUUGAAAAUUAAAUUAUUGAAUUAUAUAUAUUCUUCUAUAAUAUUUGCAGAACGAAAUGUCAAUCAAGCUUUAAUUGCAUGGCAUAGAUUGAUUUUAUUACAUGGACCACCAGGAACAGGAAAAACUUCAUUAUGUAGAUCACUUUCUCAAAAAAUCUCAAUUCGACUUUCAUAUCUGUAUCAAAAAACCGAAUUGAUCGAAAUCAACUCUCAUUCAUUAUUUUCUAAAUGGUUUUCUGAAAGUGGAAAACUAGUUCAAAGUUUAUUUUUAAAAAUUAGUGAAAUGUUAGAGGAUGAUGAUAUGUUUGUGAUUGUAUUAAUAGAUGAGGUGGAAAGUCUUGCUGGGUCUAGAUCUACAGGUACUUCUGGGAAUGAACCAAGUGAUGCGUUAAGAGCAGUUAAUGCAUUAUUAACAGAGUUGGAUAAACUCAAACACAGAAGAAAUGUAUUGAUACUAACCACUUCAAAUCUAACUGGCUCAAUAGGCGAGUUGUGGAUGAUAUAUGAUGCAUUCAUGGAUCGAGCGGAUCUUAAACAAUAUAUUGGUUUACCACCUAUUGAAGCUAUCUAUUGGAUCUUACGUACUUGUUUAAAUGAAUUGAUUAAAGUAGGAAUCUUGAAACCUAAAACUUUAAUUGAUUAUAAAGAAGUGAUUUUGCGUCGUGAAGAAUUUGGAGAACGUGAAGAGAUUGAGCCAAGUGAAUUGAAUGAAAAGGUCAAGAGUAGUUCAUUGAGAUGUUCUAUGAAAUUAUUAAAAAUUUCAGAAAAAGCUAAAGGUAUGUCAGGUAGAAGUUUAAGAAGGUUACCUUUAUUGGCACAUUCUAAGAUUUUAAAUAAGAUUAAACUUUCCAAGACUAAAGGCCAAAACCAAGUUGAAAAGAUUAGGAUGGAAACUUAUUUAGAUGGGAUGUUAAGAUCUGUAAUAGAAGAUCAACUUAGUAUUGAUCAACUUGGGAAUUGA